AGGCAGUUCAGUGUUCCUUUCUUUGCUUGGCUGUGCUUCUCCUAGUUGCUCUGGGAGUGUGGUUCACUGUAGUUAACCUGCGUGCGGUAGUGACAUUUUGAAUUUAGCCUUGAAAAUGAAUCCAAUUAUUUCGCAACCACAACAUGGCACAAGGGUUGUGACUGUUAGUGACUGGCAAACGGGCGUGUUUGACUGCUGUGACGACAUAGGGAUUUGUCUCUGUGGGACUUUCUGUCCCCUGUGCCUCUCGUGUCAGAUCGCCUCUGACAUGGAUGAGUUCUGCCUAUGCGGAGCAACUGUCGCUAUGAGGACCCUCUACCGGACCCGAUACGGCAUCCCGGGAUCCAUUUGCAACGAUUUCCUGUGUCUAGGAUGUUUCCCUAACUGCGUCCUCUGUCAACUUAAGCGAGAUAUUGAAAAAAGAAAAGCAAUGAACACUUUCUAAAAGGUUCUUGGCAAAUUCACAUUUUGGUAAAAAGGCUGAAAUGAAAUACUGCAUCUGUUAGAGUGCUCUCUCACUUGAUAUUCCAGAAACUAAUUAAAAGCUAAUCAAAUGACUUCAAAUUGUCUUCAAAACAUUUUUUUUUCCAGCUUCUUUUGAAAGAAAUAUGUUUCCUGUGCCCUUCUCCAGAAUGGCUGCCUUUAAAACAAUUGACUUCCCUAACAAUUCUUGUGUCUUUACAUACUGCUUUAUGGAAAUUACAACACCCUUCUUUAAAAAAUGAACCCAAGAUUGGCAAAGUGUUGUCAAAGUUGGUAGUGGCUACGAGGAGUUCUUUAUUCUACUUUUCUACCUUUAUGUAUGUUUGAAAAUGUCCAUAAUAAAAAAUUUUAAAAUGCUGCCAAGUAAAAGGCUACAAGGCGACAAUAAAGACUAUAAUAUAUAAACAA